AUGUCGGAGGAUAACAACGCAGACAAAUUCAUCAAGGUAAUGGUGAUUUAUUUGAAUACAGAACAAUUGUUUGCAUGUUGGAUAUGCUGCUAAUGUUAUCAUAAUGCUAGGACUGGGAAUUGCCAGGGACCUCACGAUAUUAUCACGAUACUUAGGUGCCGAUACGAAAUGUAUUGCCAUUCUUACGAUUCUAGCUAUAUGUACUGCGAUUCGAUGUUCCAAACAUAUUUCUCACGAUAUGUCUGCUGCAGAGGGACAAGAGAGAGCCAUGAGAAAACGAGUUUAUCAGUCAUGGAAAUAAGUGUUGAAAACAAAUUGGCUCCAUAUUUAAAUAGAAAAUGUAGAACCAGCUAUUAAGGAAAAAUACUGGAGUUUUGGUGCAUGUAGCUAGCGCAAAAAUAAUAUGAUUUUGUCAAAAUGAUACGAUACGAUUUAUCGUCAGAAAUAAUAUCCCGAUAUGUAACUGUAUCGAUUCCUCCCAUCACUACAUAAUACAUUGAAAUAAGUGUCACUUGACUGAUAAGUGUCAGAUUGUACUUCAAAGACAAAUGUCAGUUGUUUAGUUCUAUUGCUGACACAUUUAGUUCCUCUUGGUAUGACAUUGUUUUAUUUUAGAAGAAAUGUUUAAUGCAUGACAUGCUCUCAUACUAAUUUCAAAUGACACAUCUGAUGUCAUGUCUUGUAAAGUGAACUUUUUCUUUCAUCUCACAUGAUACUUGCCUGGUUUGGUUUUCCACUUAAAGGAAAACUCCACCCAAAACUAUAUUUUGGUAUUUAUUUCAUCAGUCCAUUGUUGACAUAGUCCCAAAAUAUUUUGUUUGUCAGCAAUCAAGUUUUCAAGAUAUGUAACUUUAAAAAUACAGAGAUCAUCCCCGUAUGAUGCAUUUUACUUGUAAAAUACUGAAAUCAUUCCCGUAUGAUGCAUUUUGCAGCAUCAUAGGGGAUGAUUUGUGUAUUUUUAAAGUUACAAACACUACAUGACAAAAGUCCAGGAUCCAGUUGCAGAGGGAGGUGUUUAGUCCCAGGGUCCUUAGCUUAGUGAUGAGCUUUGUGGGCACUAUGGUGUUGAACGCUGAGCUGUAGUCAAUGAACAGCAUUCUCACAUAGGUGUUCCUUUUGUCCAGGUGGGAAAGGGCAGUGUGGAGUGUGAUUGAGAUUGCGUCAUCUGUGGAUCUGUUGAGGUGGUAUGCAAAUUGGAGUGGGUCUAGGGUUUCCGGGAUGAUGGUGUUGAUGUGAGUCAUGACCUGCCUUUCAAAGCACUUCAUGGCUACUGACGUGAGUGCUACGGGGCGGUAGUCAUUUAGGCAGGGCAUUAAUAUGGAGUUAGUCCCUCCUUUGCUGCUAUAACAGCCUCCACUCUUCUGGGAAGGCUUUCCCCUAGAUAUUGGAACAUUGCUGCAGGGAUUUGCUUCCAUUCAGCCACGAGCAUUAGUGAGGUCGGGCACUGAUGUUGGGCGAUUAGGCCUGGCUCGCAGUCGGCGUUCCAAUUCAUCCCAAAGGUGUUCGAUGGAGUUGAGGUCAGGGCUUUGUACAGGCCAGUCAAGUUCUUCUGCACCGAUCUCGAAAACAACCCUUUCUGUAUGGACCUCGCUUUGUGCACAGGUGCAUUGUCAUGCUGAAACAGGAAAGGGCCUUCCCCAAACUGUUGCCACAAAGUUGGAAGCACAGAAUCGUCUAGAAUGUCAUUGUAUGCUGAAGCGUUAAGAUUUCCCUUCACUGGAACUAAGGGGCCUAGCCCAAACCAUGAAAAACAGCCCCAGAUCAUUAUUCUUCCUCUAUCAAACUUUACAGUUGGCACUAUGCAUUCGGGCAGGUAGCGUUCUCCUAGCAUCCACCAAACCCAGUUUUGUCCGUCGGACUGCCAGAUGGUGAAGCGUGAUUCAUCACUCCAGAGAACGCAUUUCCACUUCUCCAGAGUCCAAUGGUGGCGAGCUUUACACCACUCCAGCCGAUGCUUGGCAUUUUACACCACUCCAGCCGAUGCUUGGCAUUGCACAUGGUGAUCUUAGGCUUUUGUACGGCUGCUCGGCCAUGUAAACCCAUUUCAUGAAGCUCCCGACGAACAGUUAUUGUGCUGACGUUCCUUCCAGAGGCAGUUUGGAAGGAACUACUCUCACUCGUUAGUGAGAGUUGCAAACGAGGACAGACCAUUUUUACGCGCUUCAGCACUCUGCGGUCCCGUUUUCUGAGCUUGUGUGGCCUACCACUUCGCUACUGAGCCAUUGUUGCUCCUAGACGUUUCCACUUCACAAAACCUGGGCAGCUCUAGCAUGGCAGAAAUUUGACGAACUGACUUGUUGGAAAGGUGGCAUCCUUUGAUGGUGCCACGUUGAAAGUCACUGAGCUCUUCAGUAAGGCCAUUCUACUGCCAAUGUUUGUCUAUGGAGAUUGCAUGGUUGUGUGCUCGAAUUUAUACACCUGUCAGCAACAGGUGUGGCUGAAAUAGCCAAAUUCACUAAUUUGAAGGGUUGUCCACAUACUUUUGUAGAUAGAGUGUUUCUUAACUUGAUUGCUGACAAGCAAAACAUUUUGGGAGUAUGUCAACAAUGGACUAAUGAAACAAAUACCAAAAGAUCGUUUUUGGGUGGAAUUUUUUUUUCUGCCCUAAGUUGCCUGAACUCUGCUGAACGUUAUAAAAGGUUUGUGAUUAGUAAAAUAACCCUCUAGCUCUCACCACCAUGGAUAUUCAAUAGCAUGGCCCAUCUACAGUUCUUUCAGAAAGUAUUCACACCCCUUUACUUUUCCACAUUUUGUUGUUACAGCCUGAAUUUAAAAUGUAUUAAAUAUCAUUUUUUUUACUGGCCUGCACACAAUAAGUAUUCAACCUCUUUUGUCAUGGCAUGCAUAAAUAAGUUCAGUAGUACACAUUUGCUUAACAUGUCACAUAAUAAUAAGUUGCCUGGACUCACUCUGUGUGCAAUAAUAGUUUUUAACAUGAUUUUUGAAUGACUACCUCGUCUAUGUACCCCACACAUACAAUUAUCUGUAAGGUCCCUCAGUCGAGCAGUGAAUUUCAAACACAGAUUCAACCACAAAUAUCAGGAAGGUUUUCCAAUGCCUCUUAAAGAAGGGCACCUAUUGAUUGAAAAAGCUGACAUUGAAUAUCCCUUGGAGCAUGGUAAAAUAUAUUAAUUACACUUUGGAUGGUGCAUCAAUACACUCAGUCACUACAAAGAUACAGGUGUUCAGUCUGCUUUACAAUAGACACUAACUCAGUUGCUGGAGAGGAAGGAAACCGCUCAGGGAUUUUAAAACAGAGUUUAAUGGCUGUGACAGGAGAACUGAGUAUGGCUCAACAAUAUUGUAGUUACUCCACAAUUAAUCUCUUGUAGACAGAUGAAAUGGUGACAAUCUGUCAAGGCUCAUGUAGAAUUCUGUGAUUACGAGCAGCAGUAGUUCCUUGUUUUGGGCUUCGUCAUAGAUUUCUUUUUGGACAAAUCAGAAAAUGGGGCGAAGGCAGCGCUUAAACUGGUGCAGUGAUUUUCAAGCCCGUGUGCGGAUAGCAAAUGACUUCCACUAGAUUCCACAAUCACAAAGUCAAAAUUGGCUAUAUCGUAAAAAUGUAUGAAAACAAAAAUACUAACCUAAUUGACAGAGUGAAAAGGAAGCCUAUACAGAAUAGAACAUAUUCCAAAACAUGAAUCCAGUUAGCAAUAAGGCACUAAAGUAAAACUGCAAAAAAAUGUGGCAAAGAAAUAUACUUCAUGUCUUGAAUACAAAGCCUGGUUCAGUCAGCUUUCCAACAGACACUGGGAGACAAAUUCACCUUUCAGCAGGACAAUAACCUAAAACAAAAGGCCAAAUAUACACUGGAGUUGCUUACCAAGAGUGGCCUAGUAAUAGUUUUAACUUAAAUAGGCUUGAAAAUCUAUGGCAAGACUUGAAAAUGGCUGUCUAGCAAUGAUCAACAACCAACUUGACAUAGCUUGAACAAUUUUAAAAUAAAUGUAUACAUGUUGUUCAAUCAUUUAAUCCAAACUGCUCGUGCGCGUCAAGGAGCGUCUGCGUAGCCAGGCGCUAAAAUAGAACUUGGUUCUAUUUUUUACAUGUGACGCACUGCAAGUCCCGCCUCUCCCAUUCCCUCAUUGGUUUUUAGGAGCAUAUACCCACGUGGGUGAUUGAAAGCUGAACUGAGGUCCACACGCCAAUCCAGUUGGUGGUGGUAAUGCACCAUAAAGUUGGUUGCCAACUGCCAUAUAAAGUCCGAAGAAGAAGACUGAAGGAGGAGAGAUUACUAGAAACAAACUAGGUUUACCCUUUUAUCUGUGGAUUAAUUGUCGGUGUAGAGGACCUUGUGCAUUUCAGGUAAAAUAACAACACAAUGUUUAUAUCCUAGGACAAAUUAGCUAGCAACAGCAAGCUAGCUAGCUAAAUGGCUAUGAAUGUUUCUUGCGUUUCGACCUGUCCCCAAAUAUAAUAUAGGUGGUUCAGAGAUCGUUUAGAAUUUUCAACCUGUGCAUCCUGAUCAUGUCUGGUGUGGCUGGACAAAAUCAACAUGCGUGCAAUGGCGCACGCGGGUGCCCGGUCUAGUCAGCAUGUUACUUUUAGAGACUUACCCAAAAAGACUCACAGCUGUAGUCGCUGGUGAAGGUUAUUCUAACAUGUAUGGACUCAGGGGGUUGAAUACUUAUCUAAUUAAGAUAUAUUAGUGUUUUAUUUUACAUGAAUUCUAACAUUUGUAAAAAAAGAAUCUUCCAUUUUGAGAUUACAGAGUAUUUUGUGUAGAUCGCUGACAAAUUACAAUUAAAACCAUUUUAAUCCCACUUUGUAACAACAAAAUGUGGAAAAAGUAAAGGUGUGAAUACUUUUUGAAGACACUGUAUGACCAUGACUAGGGCUGGGCGAUAUAGACAUAUUUUUGAUGGUAUUUUAUAUUUUUUAAUAAUUAAAGUUCUAAAUAUGCUUUCUGAGUAGUUCAUGACCCUAGGGUGGCAACACAUAAAUUAUAAGUGAUUUCAAUGUGGCUUUCUCCAUUUUAUACUGUUCAAUCCAACUCCAAACAAAAAUUAUUUUCAUCAAUUUCUGCAUUUCCUGCACUUUUAUUAUAAUUUCCACACUGUAGCAUGAUAUGGGCAAAAAAAUCUAGCCGUAGUUAAUUGAACUGUUGGAAUCAUGGAAUAAAAUGAUUAUUCUAAUUCUAUAGUUGGAAUAUAAUGGGCAGCACCUUGAAUACGUUGUUUGACAUUACAACAAAUUAAUAAGCCAGUGAGGAAUUAUUGACAUGAUAGCAACCAAAGUUUUCGUCAGUGUUUCCAGGUGACCCUAAUUAGAUGUUACAUUACAUGUUUUCAUACUUCAUGUAGCUAGCUAGCCAACAUUCAUGCCUAUUCCUCUCUGAUAAGAUACUGUUGCAUAAACAUGCUUAUCUAGGCCUACACCAGCACUGGUACCAGGCAGUAUUAGCUAACUAGCUACGUUUGCUCUGACUCGUAGUAUAUUUAGCAAGCUAGCUAGCCAGCUAACUAGCGAUUAGCAUUAGCAGCUAACACAUUUUCACAACACCUUGCUAAGAAAAGACAAACUAGCAAACAGUAGUUUGCACACAGUAAGAUACACAAACUAAUAGUGUAAUUUAUAGAAUGCUUGUGGAAAGCAGCAUGUCACCAACACUGCUGCAUCCAUCUGACCAUGCGGAGUGAACGGCAAGAAAGUGCUAGUGACUCUGUGGUCGAGCAACUGCUCUCCUUGAGUGAUGGGGGCAGGGUUUGGUGUAGUUGGUGGCAUGCAGCAGCAGGAGAGGGAGAGAGAUGACUCAAGAAGCAAACGGGAGUAAACUAUAAAAACUGACUUUGUAUGUGCCUGAGUUGCGUAUCACAUUUAACAAACCAAACAUUGAAAUACCGUUAUAGAAAGUAAAUUAAAAACCCAAACCGGUCCGUGCAUCAAUACCGGUAUAUAGUAAAAUACGGUGUUCUGCCCAGCCCUACCAAUGACCCAUCUAUAAAUGUGUUUAGUUCAGUUUUUCAUUUGCUACAUAUCAGGACAAUGUUUUGUGCUUUUUACACUAUGGUCCUUUUUCUGGAAUAGAUUCAGUUUAAGUGUGACAUUCAACCUCUGGAAUGUGAUGUCAUGGUCAGAAUAAGGAGUAGCUAACUACUGUAUCAAGCACCCUCAAGCUCAAGGCAGUACGGGUAACGGUAGGCCAAAUUUAGACAGCUUUAUGAAUGAUUUCAUUUAUUCAUAAGACGGGGUCUAAGGGCACUCCAUUGCGACAGCUUGUGAGAUAAGUUAUGGUCUAAUGACAGGACAUGCUGCUAGCAGGUACAAUGUCCAAAACCACAAUCCAUAAUCGUUAGGAGGUUCUGAUUGGAGAGGCAAUGGUUGCAUUGCUGAUGAACAAGAAACUAUGCAACUCCUAUGCAAUCUAAUAUGGAUGGCAAUGUUUUGUUCUGGCUUUGCGUGGACAUGUUUCCUCUACUUGGAAUCCAUGUUCGGUAUAAUUAAUGUAGGUGCCUAAAUUUCGGCUAGGGUAUUAUAGACUAAUUAGCCUACCAGAUGCUUUUAGCUGGAUCCAAGUGACCCCUUGCUCACACGGCUGGGUCAGAAUGUGCUAAGGAUGGGAGGAGGGAGAGAGGGUGGGUGUUUGGAAUAGCCUAGCACUGAGAAUUGGAACACAGCUUGAGCCUGACUGCGCACCAAAAGCCCCAGAACAGUCCACUAGACUGAAAAGGGAAUGCUUCAAGUGACAAUUAUUGAGUUUACCAUAAGCAUUUAGGCAUUUUAAAAACAACUCUUCCCUGGCUGCUUGUCAAAUAUGCCCUCACUAGUCAUAGGAUAGAAAUGGUGGAAGCAGAGCCCAGAGGUAAGGGAUAGGUCCUCUCUGGUACAAGAAAAGCCUCUUGAGUAAUUUGUAUGCAUUACGAUUCCAUCCAGCAAGUGUCAACACAACACGAGCUUGACCUAGCAAAAGCGAGGGAAUAGCCAAUAUUAACUGUGAACAGGGAUGCAGCUGCCUACACUUGUUUAGUGUGUGACAUUUUCCCCAUAUCCAUCUCUUGUUUGUCCUCCUCUCCCUCUCUUAGGAGACCUCCAUCUUGGAAGAGUACAACAUUAACUGGACACAGAAGCUCGGGGCAGGGAUCAGUGGACCUGUUAGGUGAGCAUUAUUCUAUCAUAGAGUUUUGCCUAGUUUGCCCUAGGAUACCAACUCAUUUGUGCAAUGUAGGAGAUGCAUAAAUUAUUGCAUAUUAGGCCUAAAUGCAGAUGAGGUUGAAGAGUGGUCCUGCAGAGGAGUCCAGUGCCCUUAGACUGGAUGGGACUAGUGUUAAAGGUGGUGUCACUCAGUGUGUUUACAGUGCUAGGGCUGGGAAUUGCCAGGGACCUCACGAUACGAUAUUAUCACGAUACUUAGGUGCCAAUAUGAUAUGUAUUGCGAUUCUCACUAUUCUAUAUAUGGCGAUUCGAUACUGCAAACAUCUACAGAUGCACCAUCGAUAGGAUUCUGUAGGGCUGCAUCGCCGCCUGGUACGCCAACUACACCGGCCACAACCCCAUGGCUCUCCAGAGGGUGGUGCGGUCAGCCCAACCGAUCACCUUGGGCAAAUUGCCUGCCCUCCAGGACAUCUACAUCACCUGGUGUCAGAGGAAGGCCAAGAAGAUCAUCAAGGACCUCAGCCCCCUGAGCCACGGCCUGUUCAGAGCUAUUGCCAGAGAAUUGGCAACGGGGGGGAGGGGGGGGUGCUGAGGAGUAUUUAUCUCUGUAAUGGCUGGGCCUGGAUCCCCAUUCACCAAUGGCUGCACUCCUGCCCAGUAAUGUGAAAUCCAUAGAUUAGGGCUUAAUGAAUUUAUUUAAAUUGACUGAUUUCCUUCUAUGAACUGUAACUCAGUCAAAUCUUUGAAAUUGUUGCGUUUUAUUUUUGUGCAUUUGGAAAGUAUUCAGACCCCUUCACUUUUCAACAUUUUGUUACAUUACAGCCUUAUUCUAAAAUUGAUGAAAUUGUUUUUUUCAGUCAUCAAUCUACACACAAUACCCCAUAAUGACAAAGAGAAAACAGGUUUUUAGAAUUUCUAAUUUAUUAAAUAAAACAAACCUGAUAUCACAUUUACAUAAGUAUUCAGACCCUUUACUCAGUACUUUGUUGAAGCACCUUUGGCAGCGAUUACAGCAUCGAGUCUUCUUGGGUAUGACGCUACAAGCUUGGCACACCUGUAUUUGAGGAGUUUGUCCCAUUCUUCUCUGUAGAUCUUCUCAAGCUCUGUCAGGUUGGAUGGGGAGCGUCGCUGCACAGCUAUUUUCAGGUCUCUCCAGAGAUGUUCGAUCGGGUUCAAGUCCAGGAUCUGGCUGGGCCACUCAAGGACAUUCAUAGACUUGUCCCGAAGCCACUCCUGCAUUGUCUUGACAGUGUGCUUAGGGUCGUUGUCCUGUUGGAAGGUGAACCUUCGCCCCAGUCUGAGGUCGUGAGUGCUCUGGAGCAGGUUUUCAUCAAGGAUCUCUCUGUACUUUGCGCCGUUCAUCUUUCCCUCGAUCCUGCCUAGUCUCCCUGUCCCUGCGGCUGAAAAACAUCCCCACAGCAUGAUUCUGCCACCACCAUGCUUCACCAUAGGGAUGGUGCCAGGUUUCCUUCAGACGUGACGCUUGGCAUUCAGGCCAAAUAGUUCAAUCUUGGUUUUAUCAGACCAGAGUAUCGUGUUUCUCAUGGUCUGAGAGUCCUUUAGGUGCCUUUUCACAAACUCCAAUUGGGCUGUCAUGUGCCUUUUACUGAGGAGUGGCUUCCGUCUGGCCACUCUACAAUAAAGGCUAGAUAGGUGGAGUGCUGCAGAGAUGGUGUCUUUCUGGAAGGUUCUCCCAUCUCCACAGAGGAACUCUAGAGCUCUGUCAGAGUGACCAUCAGGUUCUUGGCCACCUCCCUGACCAAGGCCCUUCUCCCCCGAUUGCUAAUUUUGGUCGGAGCUCUACGGACAAUUCCUUCGACCUCAUGGCUUAGUUUUUGCUCUGACAUGCAAUGUCAACUGUGGGACCUUAUAUAGACGUACGUGUGUGCCUUUCCAAAUCAUGUCCAAUCAAUUGACUUUACUACAGGUGGACUCCAAUCAAGUUGUAUAAACAUCUCAAGAAUUAUCAGUGGAAACAGGAUGCACCUGAGCUCAAUUUCGUGUCUCUUAGAAACAGGAUGCACCUGAGCUCAAUUUCGUGUCUCUUAGAAACAGGAUGCACCUGAGCUCAAUUUCGUGUCUCUUAGAAACAGGAUGCACCUGAGCUCAAUUUCGUGUCUCUUAGAAACAGGAUGCACCUGAGCUCAAUUUCGUGUGUCUUAGAAACAGGAUGCACCUGAGCUCAAUUUCGAGUCUCUUAACAAAGGGUCUGAAUACUUAUGUAAAUAAGGUAUUUCUGUUUUUAUUUGUAAUACAUUUGCAAAAAAGUCUAAACCUGUUUUUGCUUUGUCAUUAUGUGGUAUUGUGUGUAGACUGAGGAUUUUAUUUUAUUUAAUCAAUUUUAGAAUAAGGCUGUAACGUAACAAAAUGUGGAAAAAGCCAAUGGGUCUGAAUACUUUCCAAAUGCACUGUAGUGGGACCUCUUCAAAGCCUGAUUGAGGGACUUAGGGUCAAGGCAUACUCUGCGCUUGUCUGGCUAUUUGACAAUCACCAUGUUGCUAGUCCAGUCGGUGGGCUCUGUGACAGUGGCUAGGUGGCCGUCCCUCUCGUGUUUGUCCAUCUGUGCCUUAACCGCUGCCUUCAGAGCCACUGGGACAUUUCUUGGGGCACACUGCACCAGUGUGAUGCUGUUGUCGAGCUCGAAGUGGAUGUCACCUGGUAGUGACUCUACGGGGGUCAUUGAAAACAUCCUGGUAUGCAGUAACAAGGUGCUGCUUAGUUAAAGUCCCUUAACCUCCCUGGUAUACCUUUGUGCAGCGCUGCAGGGAUAGUGAAGUGCAUUAACCCCAUUUGCUUACAUAUUGAGCCUGACAAUAAGGGUUUCUGAUUGGCCUCUACAAUCUCAAAGUCAAUUCUAUAUGUGCUCCCCCUGACCACACUCUGUUCUCCACAGCCCUACUGAGUUCAUUAUAUCACCUGAAUAUAGCUUCAGUUUGGUUUUGCUGGAGAUGAGGUUAAUCUCAGGUGCCAGUUUAAUCUUGUCUUUUAUGCUCAUCACGUCACUGGUUGCUCCUGAGUUUAAUUGACACCGCUGUUCUCCAUUGUGCAGUUGUAGGUUGACAAUAAAAUAAAAAAAUCCCCCUGUGCAUGCAUUGCUCCUAUGCUCCUGGUUGAAUAGAUAUGUCCAUUAUUUCCAUUCUCCAGGUCCUCUUCCAGGGCUGGGGUAUCCACUGUGUUUUAGUUGGCGGGAGGCUUGUUUCUUCAUGUACACUUAAGCAAAUUGAUUUGCAGUUUCACACAGACUGCAAGCCUUACCAUAGCUCCCGUCCACACCUGUGGUUGUUACCAAUGAAUCUGCAUGUCCUAGGGCUUUCCCCUGCUGUGCUGGAUUGAUGUUAGGGUUUUUCUUGCUUUGGUUGGAUUCCGCCGUUGGGGUCUGUGGCGUUGAUGCUGUUGUCCCCUGAUCAGUCCUGCGUCAUUGGUCUCAUUCUCCUAUCUGUCAACUCUGCAGCCCGGCAGAUCUCAAUGGCAGAGGCGAGAGUGAGAUCACGUUCUCAGAGGAGGUGGCGGCGCGCACCCUCAACAGCAAUCCCAAGCACCACUCUGUCCCUUAUCAGCUCAUCUUUUUAAUUGUCCAUAGUCACAAGAAGCUGCUUUCUUUCUUAAUCGAGUCACAAACGCAUCAAUUGACUCACCCUCCUGUUGUCUGCAGGUGCUGAAAAUGAAGCGUUCAAAGAAAAAUAAAUGCUGGUUUAAAGUAUCUCUCGAGGGCAAUGAGAAUAGCUGCCAUGUCCUUUUCCCAAUCUGCUUUUAUAUCCAAGUGAUGUUUGUAGAUGGGAAGAGACUCACUGCCCAUCACUCUUCUCAGUGAUGCUGCCUGCACUUCAGCUGAUUUUUCGUAUAAUCCAGAGGCUAGCAGAUAGUCUUCAAACUCUGCCUUAAAAUGAACCCAGUUAUUGCCUAAAUCGCCGGUCAUUUUCAUUUCAUCUGGCGGAGGGAUGUUGGUAGCCAUGCUGACACUGUAUGCUAGCUAAUAAACUAGCUUGCUGCUAAUGCUGAUGCCAAAACCUUGAAUAUGCGCUGUCUAUCAAGAUCCUAAAGUACUCACAACAAUGCACUACAGACACCAGCAACGUUUGGGUUCAGUUACUUCUGACACCAUGUUUGUGUGAUAAUAAUGGUUCGGAGUCAGAGCUUUGAGAAAAUACUUCCAUCAUGUUAACAUGGAAUGCCGGGAUGGCCAAGAAUGCAACCAUAGUACAUAAAUAAGGUGCAGUACACCUGAAGGCCAAUAGGUGGGGACCUAGUCCCUCUAACAGGUGGACUACUUCCUGUAACAUUGGUGUCUGUCUCGCUGUCUGUCCGUCUCUCUCAGUCUCUGAUGCAUUUGGUAUUUCACUCCUACUGAUCUUUGGUUGAAGCAGAAUGUUCCUCCAGGAUUUAUUCUUAGUGUAAUCUGAGUUUAGGAGCAUAGGAUAAGGUUUUGAUUGAAUGUUUGGGUCCUUGUUGAGGGUGGGCGGUUUGAGGUUCUGCUGGCUUUAAUAUCCAUUGCUGCACGUGUUUAUAGGUCUUGUUGUAAAUAGAAAUGGACAUGAUGCAGCACUCUGCUAUGGUGUUGAGAAUGGAAUGCUAUUUUAAGGAGCCAUUUGUCUUUGUUUGAUUCUAGCAACAAGUUGUAGCCUAGUACUGGUAUUAGGCCUACCUUUAUUUAAAGCUGUAAUAUGUCACUUUUUGGGCGACCUGACCAAAUUCACAUAGAAAUGUGAGUUCUAGAUCUGUCAUUCUCAUUGAAAGCCAGUCUAAGAAGCGGUAGAUCUGUUCAAGGUGCGCCAUAUCUAUGCUUCCCGUUAAGUUUUAGCGUCUUUUUUACUUUCAGUUUUGUACAUCAGCUGAAAAUACAGUAUUUGUUAUUAUGGAAAAUAUAUUUCACAGCGGUUUAGAUGGUACAAUGAUUCUCUACACGACUGCUUGUUUUGUCACAAACCUGAAAUUAGGCAAACUAUUCAAAUUUUUGCAACCAGGAAAUGGCAGAGCGAUUUUUGCAUAUUACACAUUUAACUUAAUAAUGGAGUGGACCACCAUGAAAAGCUGCCUCUAUUAUUUUUAUAUUGUCCUAUUUUUUUCUUGAAGUAUUUAUUUUACUCUCCACAGAGUUUGUGUGAAGAAGUCAACUCAGGAACGAUUGGCCCUGAAAAUCCUAAUUGAUCGUCCCAAGGCCCGAAAUGAGGUUUGAACCAUUGUUUUGCUUUUCUGAUUGUCUUUUGCACGCCCUUGUCUGUUGUCUGCACUGUAGGUGUCUGUGUUUGGUCAGCGUUGAGUCUCCUGUGUUGUCUUUGUCUACGUUCCAAAGGGCAUCCUAUUCCCUAUGUAGUGCACUACUUUUAACCAGGGCCGUUAGGGCUCUGCUCAAAAAUAGUGCACUACAUAGGCAAUAGUGUUCCAUUUGCGUCAUUGUGUGUCUUCUUGUCUUAUCGCCUCUCAACUAAUACUCAGGGUCGGCUGUGUCUGUCUGUCACUCACCCACUCAAUGUCAUCACCAGCCCAAUACUUACUUCCCAUAUAAAGCACCUCCACUAACUGCAGUUGAUCAGCUGUGUGAGGUGAAGUCGAAACGAGCAAUGCAGCCACAUGCUGCCCCCCCAAGCAGCACAGCUUCCCAUCAGCGCAACAUGUCCUCGUUGUUGUCGACUCUAAAGUUUGUUUCCGUAGUUUGGCCGAUGUUUAUCUGCUCUGUUUGUCAACCUUUUCAAAGACAAGACCGUGUGCCUCUACCCAGCCAGACGUGGUCCGUCUCACCCAACUUGUUUAGAGGUAGACUUAGCGUUAUUACGUUGCCACGAGCAGCACGGCAGAUAUUACGAUGAGUGCUAUGCAAGAUAUUGCUCUCACACAGUCACAAAUUGUACACUGCUCAAAAACAUUAAGGGAACACUUAAACAACACAAUGUAACGCCAAGUCAAUCACACUUCUGUGAAAUCAAACUGUCCACGUAGGAAGCAACACUGAUUGACAAUACAUUUCACAUGCUGUUGUGCAAAUGGAAUAGACAACAGGUGGAAAUUAUAGGCAAUUAGCAAGACACCCCCAAUAAAGGACUGGUUUUGCAGGUGGUGACCACAGACCACUUCUCAGUUCCUAUGCUUCCUGGCUGAUGUUUUGGUCACUUUUGAAUGCUGGCGGUGCUUUCACUCUAGUGGUAGCAUGAGACGGAGUCUACAACCCACACAAGUGGCUCAGGUAGUGCAGCUCAUCCAGGAUGGCACAUCAAUGCGAGCUGUGGCAAGAAGGUUUACUGUGUCUGUCAGCGUAGUGUCCAGAGCAUGGAGGCGCUACCAGGAGACAGGCCAGUACAUCAGGAGACGUGGAGGAGGCCGUAGGAGGGCAACAACCCAGCAGCAGGACUGCUACCUCCGCCUUUGUGCAAGGAGGAGCAAGAGGAGCACUGCCAGAGCCCUGCAAAAUGACCUCCAGCAGGCCACAAAUGUGCAUGUGUCUGCUCAAACGGUCAGAAACUGACCCCAUGAGGGUGGUAUGAGGGCCCGACGUCCACAGGUGGGGGUUGUGCUUACAGCCCAACACCGUGCAGGACGUUUGGCAUUUGCCAGAGAACACCAAGAUUGGCAAAUUCGCCACUGGCGCACUGUGCUCUUCACAGAUGAAAGCAGGUUCACACUGAGCACAUGUGACAGACGUGACAGAGUCUGGAGACGCUGUAGAGAACAUUCUGCUGCCUGCAACAUCCUCCAGCAUGACCGGUUUGGCGGUGGGUCAGUCAUGGUGUUGGGUGGCAUUUAUUUGGGGGGCUGCACAGCGGUAGCCUGACUGCCAUUAGGUACCGAGAUGAGAUCAUCAGACCCCUUGUGAGACCAUAUGCUGGUGCGGUUGGCCCUGGGUUCCUCCUAAUGCAAGACAAUGCUAGACCUCAUGUGGCUGGAGUGUGUCAGCAGUUCCUGCAAGAGGAAGGCAUUGAUGCUAUGGACUGGCCCGCCCAUUCCCCAGACCUGAAUCCAAUUGAGCACAUCUGGGACAUCAUGUCUCGCUCCAUCCACCAACGCCACGUUGCACCACAGACUGUCCAGGAGUUGGCGGAUGCUUUAGUCCAGGUCUGGGAGGAGAUCCCUCAGGAGACCAUCCGCCACCUCAUCAGGAGCAUGCCCAGGCAUUGUUGUAGGGAGGUCAUACAGGCACGUGGAGGCCACACACACUACUGAGCCUAAUUUUGCCUUAUUUUAAGGACAUUACAUCAAAGUUGGAUCAGCCUGCAGUGUGGUUUUCCACUUUAAUUUUGAGAGUGACUCCAAAUCCAGACCUCCAUGGGUUGAUGCAUUUGAUUUCCAUUGAUAAUUUUUGUGUGAUUUUGUUGUCAGCACAUUCAACUAUGUAAAGAAAAAAGUAUUUAAUAAGAUUAUUUCAUUCAGAUCUAGGAUGUGUUAUUUUAGUGUUCCCUUAAUUUUUUUGAGCAGUGUAUUUGCGCACGUGCACGGGUUCUGUUCACGCUGCUACAACGUGGUAGCUGCGGGACCAAAGUAGCUUUUAGUUGUUGUGCAAAUUGACCCACUACUACUGUUUUACUUUGUGUGUCUGUCAUCUUACUGCGUCUUCCUUUAACCUCCCUGUUCUGUCCAUGAUGAUUCAGGUGCGGCUCCACAUGAUGUGCGCUACACACCCCAACAUCGUGCAGAUUAUGGAGGUGUACGCCAACAGUGUGCAGUUUCCUCACGAAUCCAGUCCAAGGUGAGGAGGAGCAAGUCCAAUGUACCAGCACAUACGUCAUCGACGGGCUCAUUGAAACAUAUAUGUGAACGUUAUUGUUGUAUUGCUACAUGGUGUAUUUACCCGUGUUAUGCUCCUGCACCUAGUUUACGCGUAUCUGUCUAAAUGUAACAAGGGGUAACUAUGACAUUCACAGAUUUGAGUAGAUGAAAAUUUCCCACUUACCUGCAGAGCGAGGUUACUGAUCGUCAUGGAGAUGAUGGAGGGAGGCGAGCUGUUCCACAGGAUCAGUCAGCACAGACACUUCACAGAGAAGAUGGCCAGCCAGGUCACCAAACAGGUAACCCUGCCUGCCUGUUAAAAUUCCUUUGUGGCUCAGUUGGUAGUGCAUGGUGCUUGCAACACCAAUGGUCGGUGGUUCGAUUCCCAUUGGGGCCACCCAUAUGGAAAAUGAAUGCACGCAUGACUAAGUCACUUUGGAUAAAAGCGUCUGCUAAAUGGCGUAAUUAUAUUUUACAUUUAUGCACAUUCAAACGUGACAAAUUCCUCUGUAUUCCUCCUCCUCCACCCAGGCUUCUAAUGCACCCGUGCUUUAAUAACAUGACUUCCUGUGAACGUAGUGUAGUUGAGCCUGUGUCUGAGUUUCCUCUGUCCCCCCCGUCAGAUCGGCCAGGCCCUGGAACACUGUCACUCACUGAAUAUUGCACAUCGAGACCUGAAACCAGAGAACCUGCUCUUCAAGGAUAACUCCCUGGUGAGGAGACAGAAGGGCUUACGGGAAGCGUGCACGCACACACUGCUCUUAAUACAGCUGUCUAGUAGUAGGCUACAACAAGCAAGUUGCAAGAGGCGAAGCCUUUCACCUUUUUAGGAAAUUCCUAUUUGAGAAAUAUGUUCUGACGUUCUCCCUUUUCAUGUUCAAGGAUGCACCGGUGAAGUUGUGCGAUUUUGGAUUUGCAAAAAUUGACCAGGGGGACUUGAUGACCCCACAGUUCACUCCUUACUACGUUGCACCUCAGGUAAGGAUGGGUGCUCUGCUCAGAUCUGACAGCAGGUUAGGUUGCGAAAAUUGACCAGGGGGAUUUGAUGACCCCACAGUUCACUCCUUAUUACGUUGCACCUCAGGUAAGGAUGGGUGCUCUGCUCAGAUAUGACACCAGGUUGGGGAGCGUUUAAAAAAAAGUCCUGCUUCAAUCAACAUCAUCUUCUCCUCUCACCCUAGGUACUUGAGGCUCAAAGGCGACACCAAAAGGAAAAGUCUGGAAUAAUACCUACCUCACCCACCCCUUACACCUAUAACAAGGUGAGCAACUACCCUACCUCACCCACCCCUUACACCUAUAACAAGGUGAGCAACUACCCUACCUCACCCACCCCUUACACCUAUAACAAGGUGAGCAACUACCCUACCUCACCCACCCCUUACACCUAUAACAAGGUGAGCAACUACCCUACCUCACCCACCCCUUACACCUAUAACAAGGUGAGCAACUACCCUACCUCACCCACCCCUUACACCUAUAACAAGGUGAGCAACUGCCCUACCUCAGCCACGACAAACCAUUAUCCCACAAAUGGCAGCAUCCCAGAUUUACAGAAACAUCUCACAAGCAUCUUCACAUGCUGCAACAUAUUUCCACUGAAUGACAUCAGUGUUUGCAGGGUUGUGUUGAGCUAACUCUUCUCCUUCCUCUCUCCUCUCUAUCCCAAUGGCCUGGCUCAUUCCCUUUCCCUUGCUGUGCGUGCAGAGCUGUGACCUGUGGUCCAUUGGGGUGAUCAUCUACGUGAUGCUGUGUGGCUACCCUCCCUUCUACUCCAAGCACCACAGCCGCACCAUCCCCAAGGACAUGCGCAAGAAGAUCAUGACGGCCAGCUUUGACUUCCCCGAGGACGAGUGGAGCCAGAUCUCUGAAAUGGCCAAGGACAUUGUCCGCAAGUACGUCCCUACAGCAGGUCUUACUGUGUGUGUGUGUCUGCGUCAAGGAUAUUGUCCUCAAAUACAUCCCCAACAGGGCUUGUGGGUAUCUCCAAAUUCUAAACAGAUGAAAUGGUUCACGAGUGACGUGUUUGUUAGGCAAAACCAAUUUGGACCGCAAACGGUGCUCUAGUGCUGUAUUGUUUGGAUUGAGUAGGAGGAAUCCAGUUCACUAAUAUUACUCCCUCCCUCUGUAGGCUGCUGAAGGUGAAGCCUGAGGAGAGGCUGACCAUUGAGGGUGUACUAGAACACCCCUGGCUCAACUGCACAGAGGCCCUGGACAACGUGCUGCCCUCCGCCCAGAUGAUGAUGGACAAGGUGGGCCUGGAUGGAUGGACGGGGAUGGAGAGCAUUUAUAUAGCUCUCUGUCUCAAAGCAUUACAUAGAUCCAGUCAUACUUACUACAGGGCUGCGGGAUUCCGGGGACCAAACUUUUGCUGCCUGCCUUAAUAACUUCAAUGUUCAGGGUGUAAAACUUUCCUUGUGACCCUCCCUCCUUUCCUGUCUCCCUCCCUCCAACUCUCUCCCGCCCUCUGUCCCUCUGCCAGGCGAUGGUAGCAGGGAUCCAGCAGGCCCAUGCUGAACAGCUGGCUAACAUGAGAAUACAGGACCUCAACGUCAGCCUCAAGCCACUCAACUCAGUCAAUAACCCCAUCCUGAGGAAGAGGAAACUCCUAGGGUCCGUUGGUCUGCCUGUCUGUCUGCCUGCCUAUCUCUCUUGUUACAUGCCUCUCUGCCUCUUUGUAGUUGGUUAGGAUCUGCUUCACAUUGUCUGACUGUAGAGCCCAUAGUGGGGAGUGACAUUCAACAGCACUGCUAAACCAAAUAUGUGUGUGUGCGGUUGGUGUCUGGUAUGUGUGUGUUGUGCUACAGCAGCAAGCAGAGCGAUGGCUUCUUCAUCCACGACCCAGAGAACGGCGGCGAGGACUCCAACGUGGCCCUGGAGAAACUCCGAGACGUCAUCGCUCAGUGUAUCCUCCCACAGGCUGGUCAGUCUCACACACACACCACACACACACUUCACGUCAACCAAUACAGAUGUACAUUGACAAGCACACAGACAUACAUGCACUUACGCAUUUACUUGGUAUACAGCACAGACACUUGACACUUAACUGUGUGUGUGUGUGGCAGGAGAGAAUGAGGAAGAGAAACUGAAUGAGGUGAUGCAUGAGGCGUGGCAUUUCAACCGAGACUGCAAACUACUGCGAGACGGGUUGAAGGGCCUCAGCUGGGAUGGUAGGCACAACACAGCACUAUAUACGGCAUACAGUGUGCAAUGGCAGCUCAUAUACAGUGCAUUCGGAAAGUAUUCAGACCCCUUGACUUUUUCCACAUUUUGUUACGUUACAGCCUUAUUCUAAAAUUGAUUAAAUUGGUUUUUUCCCUCAUCAAUCUACACACAAUACCCCAUAAUGACAAAGCAAAAACAAUUUUGCAAAUGUGUUAAAAAUAAAAAAAACUGAUAUAAGUAUUCAGACCCUUUACUCAGUACUUUGUUGAAGCACCUUUGGCAGCGAUUACAGCAUCGAGUCUUCUUGGAUAUGACGCUACAAGCUUGGCACACCUGUUUUUGGGGAGUUUCCCCCAUUCUUCUCUGCAGAUCCUCUCAAUCUCUGUCAGGUUGGAUGGGGAGCGUUGCUGCACAGCUAUUUUCAGGUCUCUCCAGAGAUGUUAGUUCGGGUUCAAGUCCGGGCUCUGGCUGGGCCACUCAAGGACAUUAAGAGACUUGUCCCAAAGCCACUUCUGUGUUGUCUUGGCUGUGUGCUUAGGGUCGUUGUCCUGUUGGAAGGUGAACCUUCGGCCCAAUCUGAGGUCCUGGGCACUCUGGAGCAGGUUUCCAUUAAGGAUCUCUCUGUACUUAGCUGAUAUUUGCCUCGAUCCUGAUUAGUCUCCCAGUCCCUGCCUUUGAAUAACAUCCCCAUAGCAUGAUUCUGCCACCACCAUGCUCCACCGUAGGGAUGGUGCCAGGUUUCCUCCAGACGAGACACUUGGCAUUCAGGCCAAAAAGUUCAAUCUUGGUUUCAUUAGACCAGAGAAUCUUGUUUCUCAUGGUCAGAGUCCUUUUGGUGCCUUUUUGCAAACUCCAAGCAGGCUGUCAUGUGCCUUUUUACUGAGGAGUGGCUUCCGUCUGGCCACUAUCAUAAAGGACUGAUUGGUGGAGUGCUGCAGAGAUGGUUGUCCUUCUGGAAGGUUCUCCCAUUUCCACAGCGGAACUCUAGAGCUCUGUCAGAGUGACCAUCUGGUUCUUGGUCACCUCCCUGACCAAGGCCCUUUUCCCCCGAUUGCUCAGUUUGGAUGAGUCUCUAGAAAGAGUCUUGGUGCUUCCAAACUUCUGCCAUUUAAGAAUGAUGGAGGCCACUGUGUUCUUGGGGACCUUCAGUGCUGCAGAAAUGUUUUUGUACCCUUCCCCAGAUCUGUGCCUCGACACAAUCCUGUCUCGGAGCUCUACGGACAAUUCCUUCGACCUCAUGGCUUGGUUUUUGCUCUGACAUGCACUGUCAACUGUGGGACCUUAUAUAGACAGGUGUGUGCCUUUCCAAAUCAUGUCUAAGCAAUUGAAUUUACCACAGGUGAAACAUCUCAAGGAUAAUCAAUGAAAACAGGAUGCACCUGAGCUCAAUUCCAAGUCUCGGAGCAAAGGGUGUGAAUACUUACGUAAAUAAGGUAUUUCUGGGGGUUUUAUUUAUACAUUUGCAAACCUUUCUAAAAACCUGUUUUCGCUUCGUCAUUAUGGGUUAUUGUGUGUGGAUUGCUGAGGAUCAAAAAAGUAAUAUCAAUUGUAGAAUAAGGCUGUAACAUAACAAAAUGUGGAAAAAGUCAAGGGGUUUGAAUACUUUCCGAAGGCACUGUACAUCAACACUAAUUUCUGUAGUGGAAAUCCCACCCUUUGUCAACACUAAAUUCUAAUUCCUCAGUUUAGUACCCUUUGCCUGCUCUUGGUUAAAAUCACAUGAUGCACACCAGAUGAUGUCAUCAGUGUCUCUGGAUGAUGUCAUGGGAAAACACUUAUUUUAAAUCUUUUUGACUACAAAACAUAGAAAACCAACGUUUUGAAAUGUGUUGAUGUUGGAUGGUGCUGGAGAUGAAGUUGAUGUUGAAAAAGCGUGGAAUUUCCCUUUAAUCUGGUUCUAGUCAACAUUUCUUUCUUUGGUCUCCAUUGUAGGACUGGCCUUCUCUGACAAAGUGGAUCGCUUGAAGUUGGCUGAAAUAGUGAAACAGGCCAUAGAGGAAAAGACACAUUUACAAGACUCUCAGUAG